GAGUUUACGAUCUAAGCAGCGCUGCGUUCGUGACGGAACACUGUGCUCAAGGUAGUUCACGUAGUGUUGCCGAGUCCUCGCCGAGAGUUGCCCCGACGCCGAGUUCGAGGAUCGUGAAGAUGCAACGGGCGAUUAGGACGUUCUCGCGAAACAUCUCUGCGCUCAGUCAAGUGAGAAUGGCAGGAGAACGUGGUUCUGGUGCUGGCAAAGGAGGAGGUGGUGGUGGUACUAUUCGCGAGGCUGGUGGAUCCUUUGGCAAAAUGGAAGCGGCCCAUGAGGAUCAGUACUUCUAUAACCUGCAAAAGGAACAGUUAAAAAAGAUGAAAGAGAGCCUGCACGACGAGAUCUCGUUCCACGAGGAGCAAAUCAAGCGUCAUCAGGAAGCCAUAAACCGUCACAAAAAGCGAAUCACAGAUAUGGAUGAGAAGAAAUGAAAAAGUUCGAAGUUAUUGGCGCGAGACUUCCGAUUUCGGCGAUAUUAUUGAUUUCAAUGUAAAGAGAUUCGAAAAUAGUAAGGAUAAUAGAGUGUCACAGCAGUUUUUUUUUUAUGUAUAAUACGUUACAUUGAAUAGAUAUUAUAUAUAUAAAAAAUACAAUACUCUUAAAUAUUAAUUAAGUAUUGCAUCAUAUUACUUUGGAGUAUUGUACGAAUUGGUUACCUCAACGAGACUUUUGUCGUAAGACGCCUUUGUACUUGUCAGAUGUCUGAAAAGACUUAUGCCUGAGAAUAAAAUGCGUUUUUAAUCGUU